AUGCCUUCUUCCACCCGCUCAAAAGCCAAACGUGGCUCUGCAUCUAAUCGUAGCUCAUCUACUAAAAGCAAGAAGAAAACUCCUCAAAACAAAAAGAACAAAUCAACUACUGCUGAAACGAACUCCAAAACUCAUGAUCUGGAUGAAGACGAGGACGGAGCCAAUGCCUUUCAAGACGAGGAUGAACCCAAUCAGGAACCCUCUGCCACCGCUAAAAAGUCCAAGACCAAUCCGGCUAUCUUUCAGUCUCGCUUCCCCGGUCUUGAACUUGACUCCUUUGAACAGGAACUCGAUUCCUGGACUAUUGUCCAGCUCCAGGAAUCAAUAAUUCAACAAGACUCGCGCCGGAGUACUGCUCCAAAAGAGAUAAAGAAUCUUGUCAAACUCGUUCGAAUGGAAUUUGAAAAACGCAUCCUCAUGAUUGCGUUGAUGGCUGGGGUUCCAGAGAUUGUCAUCUGGAACUUAGUAGGUAUUGGGAAGAAGAAAGUCAAGGCCAACCCUUGGAUUCGAUUUCUUACCUUCUGUGUGAAAUGUCUGGGACAGCAACUGCCUGAUCGUGACAAUAAAGAUGCUUGGACCAAACGAAAUCAGGAGAUGGCGGAUAUCUGGCAUUCACUGAACAAGGACCAACAGGCAAUAUUCAAAGAUCCUUACUUCUUUGCCCUGGCCAACCUUCCCGACUACUCGAAUGCAUCACUAGGUGAAGAUGACAAGCACAUCAACGACGAGAACGACGAGAACGAAAACGGAGUGAACUUGAACCACUUCGACACCGUUACUCCUAGCCCAACAAUUCACAAACUUUCUGACGAAGACAAAGCGAAAUACAAGCCACUUUUCAAAGACUUGGUAAAUGUUGAGAAAGUACAUUCUUGCCACGGAAAGCCGGAUCCCUCACCAUCAAUCGCAACCUUACAAAAACAAUCUAUGAUUGCUGUUCGAAAGGCUCAUCAUGAUUUCUCUGUUGUCUGUCAACAAAAUCAAAUAUCGUACUAUCUAACUAGUGCGAGCUGUGGUGGUCUCAACGGAUGGUUGCAAACGUUCUCAAACAACGUGAAAUUCGCUGAAUGGGCAUUGAAUGUAAAACAUAUUCCUGACAAGUUUCGUACUUACGUACAUGGAUUAGAUGCUGCCAAAGAGAUCGAGGGGAAAGUCCCACAAGCGAGUGACCGUAGAAAAAGUCAACUGGGGUGUAUGCUAAAUGCAUUGUUAAAGCCUUAUGGUCAUGACACAUUCCCAAAGCUCGAUGAUCCUGCUCAAAGAAUGAACAGGAAAGGCUGGGAACUCAAAAUUGUUCAGAAGUCCGGCAGUCUUCUCAAACCGGAGGAACUUCUUCGUGGACACCGAGGUGUAACAGAUGCAAUGGUUCAGGCCUGGAUUAAGGACAUCGAGAACGGGCUUUUUUUGAUUGAAACAAAGGUUGCUGAAGAUGGCAAGACAUCUCAAAACGAUCAUCAAGACGAAUCGCAGCAAUCAGGAGGUCCUAUGCAAGAACAACGCUCAAAACAAAAGAAAAAAAGGAGCGGUAAACAUCAAAAAUCAAAAGAGCCAACUCAAAAGCGACACAAAACAAAUAAACAACCACUUGAGGCAGAAGACGAUGAUUCCGAUUCAAACACUAUGAGCUCUGACUCGUCAGAAGAAGAAGAAGAAGAAUUUGAGUGA